AUGGCCGGAAAGGUGACAUCCAGUACCGCUGUUAAAGCUUUACUGCUCAUUCUUUUGAUUGUCAUCGAGGUCCCAAGUACCGCCCUCUCCCAAGGAGAAACUGAAAUAGAUCGUUGGAUCCAAAAGCAUAUUCAGGCCUAUGUUGCACGGAAAGAAGAGCUCAGAGAAGGUGUGGACACUGCUCUCGAGCCGGCUCUGAAGGCUGCCGAGGCAAGUCGAAGAGUGAUCAAGGUGAGGAAAAAUGGCGCCGGCGACUUCAGGACGGUGACGGAGGCCAUCAGUACUAUUCCGGCAGGGAACACCAAGAGGACCAUCGUGUGGAUAGGACCCGGUGUGUUUGAGGAAAAGAUCAAGGUGAAUAGAUCGCAGCCCUUCGUUACGUUCUUUGCAUUGCCCAAGGACAAGCCGACGUUGGUGUACCAUGGGACAGCCAAGGACUACGGGACUGUGGAUAGUGCUAGCGUUAUCGUAGAGUCUGAUUACUUCAUGGCCGUUAAUAUCAUAUUCAAGAAUUCUGCACCGGAGCCUGAUGGAAAGAGAGAAGGAGCUCAGGCAGUGGCCAUGAGGAUCUCCGGCGACAUGGCUGCGUUUUAUGGAUGCAGCUUCAUUGGAUUCCAAGACACCUUGUGCGAUGAUAAAGGCAGGCAUUUCUUCAAGGACUGUUACAUUGAAGGCACCGUUGAUUACAUCUUCGGCAAUGGCAAGUCUAUUUAUUUGAACACGGAGCUACAUUCGGUUUCUAAUCGUACCGCCUUUAUCACGGCACAAGCAAGGGAGAGGGUAGAUGACGACAGCGGGUACAGUUUUAUUCAUUGCAAAAUUACAGGUAAUGGAGAAACUUAUCUAGGUCGGGCGUGGAAAGAUAGAGGUAGGGUUGUGUAUGCUUACACUUACAUGGGCACUCACGUCAAAGCUGAAGGCUGGUCCAACUUCGGAGUAGCAAGCCGUGAUAAGACUGUUUUCUAUGGAGAGUACGAGUGCAAGGGUCCAGGGGCAGCCACGAAGAGACGUGUGCCUUUUGUGAAAUUACUAACCAAACAAGAAGCUGAGCCCUUCUUGAGUUUGACCUACAUUCACGGCAUUACUUGGCUUCUCCCUCCUCCCGUACUGUAA